AUGGCCGGAAGAAUCUCAAUGCUGCUCCUGUUGCUUCCAGUUCUUGUUCCGGUGAUGGAUGCAGCAGCAGGAGGCCUGACCCCGGGAUUCUAUCAGCAGAGUUUCGGUGCUCGAGGCCUCCUGCCCUGGCGUUGUGUCGUGCGCGGACAUCGUCGUCAUGGCUGCCCGGGACGCCAUUGCUCUGGUAAGACAACAAAAGUUUCCAUCAUUUCGGAAGAAAGAAAGAAUGCGAAAGAGCUGACCAUUCUGAUCUCGCUUGGAUUUUCACAGUCUGGAGGGCCGACGAUACCGAUCCUGACCGGCAGAAGAGAUGGAACCACAGCCAGCGCCAAGCAAGCCGACGAUUCUCUUUUCCCGCCACAAACUCCGCUCGAUCGGGUGCUCUCCGUCUUCCAAUCGCAAGGCCUCGACACGGUGGAUACAGUAGCGCUGCUCGGUAUUUCACGCCUGCUCGACCUUCUUGCCCGUAAUAUCGUUCGAUCUUGCGCAGGAGGCCACACCCUGGGAGUGUCGCACUGCCCUAGCGUCGUCAAUCGCCUCUACCCGCGCAUGGAUUCAUCGCUGCCGCUGGGAUUCGGCGCGUCGCUGCGCCUGCGCUGCCCGGCCACGAUCCCGAUGAACAACCUCAGCAUCAUCGCCAACGAUUUCACAAACCUGGCCUUCGACAAUCGCUUCUACAGCGAUGUGAUCGCCGGCACCGGCGUCCUCACGGUCGAUCAGCAGCUCGCCAGCGAUCCGCGCACCCGCGGCAUCGUCAAUCAAUUCGCCGCCGACCGUGCCGCCUUCUUCCGCGCAUUCGCGCGAGGGUUCCAGAAAAUGUCCCACCUCAACGUGCUCACGAGCAAUGCCGGACAAGUACGGCGGAGCUGCCGUACAGCCAACUAA